AUGCGCCCAUCCUACACCCUGCUCGCCCUCCUUGGCACCUCGGCAUACGCCGCCCUCGUUGUGGAGAGAACCUCAGUCGAGAAUGGAAACAAUGGCAUUCCAAACGGGUCGAAGAAUCUCCUUGACUACCUCGGUGGGCUCGGAGACUAUAUUCAGAAAAUAAACAAAGCUCUCCCUGUCAGUGUUGAUGUGGACCUUCCUAUUCUCCCUGGCAAGCGUGAUAAUUCUCAGGACUGGAUGAACUCCGAAGAUGAUAUCGCCAACUACAUCGAUCGCCUUCAAGAAUACAUUCACAAGAUCAUAGCAUCUAUCCCAGAUGGUGGGACGAAGUUGGAUCUUGGCGAACUCGGCAUCUCCAAACGCACCUGGGGAAAUGGAUAUCACCGUAAUGGGGGCAACUGGAACAAGAAUGAUAAUUCCAAUGGAGGGAAUGGCCAGGGUGACAACAACCAGGGCGGCAAUGGUCAAGGUCCGAGCAAUAAUGGUCAAAACCCCAACCCCUGGCAGAAUCUCAACUGGGAUAACGUUGAUCUCAGUGACCUCAACGGCAAUUUCCGUGAUCUGCUCAAGAAGAUCGGUAUCAACGUCAACGUACCAGGCAACGGCGGUCUGUCUCUUGACCUCGGUGGACUGUCCGUUGAGUGA